UGAUAUAACUGAUUCGCUUAGCCUUUCCAAUUGAUUAUUCUUAUUAUUCAUAUCCACUUUCCAUUGUAGACGAGUUACCCAGUCAUCUGCUUGAUGAUAGUCUUUCCCACCACAACAAUAAUAUUUGCCCUUUGGAGAACAACAACAUUUCCUUCUUAUACUCUUUCGCUUCACAAAUAUAGAAUAGCAAUUGGAAAAAGAUAUCGACAUGAGUAUUCUUCAAUACAACACUUGCAGAGAAUAUCUUCAGAGAUGAAUUGUACUUUCCCAAAUGCUUUUGAGCCUAUCUAUCUUUGUAUACUAUAUCAAUCCUUUUUAGACGACCUCAGACCUCUAUCAUGGCAGUUGGCAUUGUUGAUGGUGUCUUCUCUUUAUGGUAUGCAUUGUUGUGUCGAUUCUUUUUCAUAUGGGAAAGGUUUUGGCGCCAUUUGUAUCCGAAGCAUUGAAAUAUUUUCAACUGUAUCGAUAUACUUUGUGCCUCAUAUGAACAACUUUUGGUUUCUCUUGACUACUUGGUUACUACAUUUACACGUUUUGAAGAGAUAUAUCUCAAAGAGUCUUAUAGCUUCUCAUGUUCGUUCUUCUCAUUGGAUAGGAUUACUUACUCUAUUACUUGCUUUCUUUGGAAACUUGUAUUUGGCUAAUGGAGACCAUAUUCGAAGAGUCCAUCCUUAUCAACUAGGUAAAGAAUUGAGGUGGAAAAUGAGUUGGCAUAUUUUUAUUACUAUUCCUUGUGUUCUGUUGCUAACGAUUCCUAAGAAAGAAUAAUGGAAAUUAUUGACUUGAUGGGAGCUCAAGAAAAAUUCUUAUUUUCCUUUUGUAUCCACAAUAUAGAUAAAGUUGUUUCAGAGUUCAUAAAGCGGUGUUGACUUUUCGAGAGUUGUCUAUUCAACGAGAUUAAUUGUGCUGUUACAUUUUAAAUGAUUUUUCAUCAAAUACAACUAUGUUUCUAUUCCAAGUUGUUAAUGAUAUAUCUACUUUAGCAUCCUUACAAUUGUGGCUCUCCCAAUGGGUGGUCCAUUAUAUAUAUAUAUAUUGAAUUGGCAUCCAAUGGGAAGAUACUAGUCUUGUCAAGUCUUGAACAGCAGUUGAAUACAAUUAGUUAUUGAGUAGCACAUAAUUUAUGUUAACAUUCAAGUCGAAUAUCAUUGACAGAAAAGAAAUAUGGAGGACUGAAGUGGAGUCUUCAUACUGUGAGUAUAUACCAAUAACUAUUCAGCACAAGUCAACGCACUCGAUUCACUUUCUUCUGUGGAACUUUUCAUGGUUAGGUGGAACCAACGAUGGUCUUUACUUACUCGAAACUUGAAUAUUGUGUAUUAUACUUUUCCUCUUGUUCUCAAUACAACUUUUAUGCGUUCCACUCUUGACUUUCAAAGAAGUUGUACAGAAUAUUUCCCAUUUGCCAAAUAAAAAGCAUUUGCAUGUU